AUGGACGGCGCUGGGCAGCCCAACCUGCGCAUCACCAUCAUCGCCGCCGAUGGGCUCUACAAGCGCGAUGUGUUCCGAUUUCCGGACCCCUUCGCCGUAGCCACGAUCAAUGGCGAGCAGACGCGCACCACGAGCGUCAUCAAGAAGACACUGAACCCCUACUGGAACGAGAGCUUCGACAUGAAAGUCAACGAAGAGAGCGUUCUGGCGGUUCAGAUCUUUGACCAGAAGAAGUUCAAGAAGAAGGACCAGGGCUUCUUGGGCGUCAUCAAUGUCCGCAUAGGGUCGGUAAUAGACCUCGAUGCCGGCGGGGAUGAGAUGCUUACGCGCGAUCUUAAAAAGUCAAACGAUAACAUGGUCGUCCACGGCAAGCUUAUACUCAACCUCUCUACUAACCUCACUGCGCCCAUCACCCAGGGAGCCCAGAACGCCACCCGACCGACCGCAUCCCCGCACCCAUCCGUAAACGGUGGUAUCCCCGGCGCCGUGUCAACUCCACAACAGUCGACGACGAACCUUCACCCUCCUGACGUAUAUCCCGGCCAGCAACGACCCUCAGUCGCCGGCCAACCCGCUGCCCAGCGUCUCAGUCAAGCGCCUCCAGCAGGCCCACCAACCGGCCCGCCCGCCGGUCCAGGUCCUGCGCCGAAUGGAGGAACUCCAGCUCGCAACAGUGGCGGUGCAUACAGCGCUUUUGAGGAUGCUCAAGGAAGAUUGCCAAAUGGCUGGGAGCGUCGUGAGGAUCAUCUGGGUCGAACCUACUACGUCGACCACAAUACUAGGCAAACCACCUGGAUCAGGCCUGGCGCAGGAUUUAACGAGGCUGACCAGCGCCGAGACGUAGCUGCGCAGACCCAGCAGGAGCGCAUGCGACAUCAGAACCGCAUGUUGCCUGAAGACAGGACUGGAGCCAACUCGCCCACUCUCACCGACCGUCAGCCAUCACCGCCUGCUGGCUCAGCAGCCAAUGCUGCAAGCAUGAUGGCAACAGGAGCGACUACUGCUGGAACAGGAGAGCUCCCGUCCGGUUGGGAACAGCGGCAUACACCCGAAGGCCGACCAUACUUUGUUGAUCACAACACGCGAACGACAACAUGGGUAGAUCCUCGUCGACAGCAAUACAUCCGCAUGUAUGGUGGUCAGGCCGCCAACGGCAGCACCAUCCAGCAACAACCCGUUUCUCAACUUGGGCCACUGCCAUCAGGGUGGGAAAUGCGUCUCACCAACACAGCCAGAGUAUACUUUGUGGACCACAACACGAAGACGACCACCUGGGACGACCCGAGGUUACCGUCUUCGUUGGACCAGAACGUACCUCAGUACAAGCGCGACUUCCGUCGCAAGCUGAUCUACUUCAGGUCGCAACCUGCAUUACGCAUUGUUAGUGGCCAAUGCCACGUCAAGGUGCGGCGAACGCACAUCUUCGAAGACUCAUACCACGAGAUUAUGCGCCAAAGCGCUGCUGAUCUCAAGAAGCGACUGAUGAUUAAGUUUGACGGCGAAGACGGUCUAGAUUACGGAGGUCUUUCUCGAGAAUUCUUCUUCCUCCUUUCUCACGAGAUGUUCAACCCCUUCUACUGUUUGUUCGAAUACUCUGCGCACGACAACUACACGCUUCAGAUUAAUCCUCACUCCGGCAUCAACCCCGAACAUUUGAACUACUUCAAGUUCAUUGGACGUGUUGUCGGUCUGGCCAUUUUCCAUCGCCGUUUCUUGGAUGCCUUCUUUAUCGGAGCGUUCUACAAGAUGAUUUUGAGGAAGAAGGUUGCUCUUCAAGAUAUGGAGGGUGUAGAUGCUGAUUUCCAUCGUAACUUGGAAUGGAUGCUGAAUAAUGAUAUUACGGACGCUCUAGAGCUGACCUUUGCAACCGACGACGAGCGUUUCGGUGAAACUGUCAGCAUUGAGUUGAAGCCAGGAGGUGAUAACAUUGAGGUUACCAAUGAGAACAAGCACGAAUACGUUGAACUCAUUACCGAAUGGCGUAUUCAAAAGCGUGUCGAAGAGCAGUUCCAGGCUUUCAUCACCGGUUUCCACGAACUAAUUCCUGCGGAUCUUGUAAACGUUUUCGACGAACGUGAGCUCGAGCUACUCAUCGGCGGUAUCGCAGAUAUCGAUGUCGACGACUGGAAGAAGCACACCGAUUACCGUGGCUACACCGAGAAUGAUGAGGUCAUCCAAAACUUCUGGAAGUGCAUUCGUAGCUGGGACGCCGAGCAAAAGUCGCGUCUACUACAAUUCGCUACCGGAACAUCACGUAUACCCGUCAACGGAUUCAAGGAUUUGCAGGGUAGUGAUGGACCGAGAAGGUUCACAAUUGAGAAGGCUGGUGAGCCUAAUCAAUUGCCGAAAUCACAUACAUGUUUCAAUCGUCUCGAUUUGCCACCGUACAAGACGUUCGAGGCACUCAACCAGAAACUUACCAUUGCCGUCGAAGAGACUGUCGGUUUCGGACAAGAAUAG